AUUGUUCAUUUGGAUGGAGCGCAGGCAAGAAAACCUAGAAAUGAAAAAUUUAAUCAAGGAAAUGUCGAAUUUGAAUUAUUAAUUCAAAGAGGAACAGUAAUUACUACUUUAGGGAAUUAUCAUUCAAAAUUGGAGCAAACUGAACCACAUUAUGUAAAAUUAAGUGAAGUUAUGAACACCUCGCAUCGUAUUAUUCUGGAAGCAUAUAUUAAAACGAAUUUUAUAACAAAAUAUCAUCACAAAUUCAACAAGCACAUAGGAUGCGGGUCAGUUUCAGAUGGAUUCUAUAAACUUGAAACACAUAUAACGAAUUUCAACGAAAAAGAAUACUCAGCAUUGAAGUAUAACAAAGGAGACAAAGUUGAAAUUACAGGAACCAUGCAAAAUUCAUCUAUUCCACCAUAUCUAAUAGUUGAUAAUGUACAUGAUAUAAAACGUAAAGAUGGAAAAAUGUCUCUCAUUCAAUUGUAUAAGGCUAACGAAACAUUCAGAAAAAGAAAAGCAGAUGACAAUGAG